AUGUUGAGCUCAGAGCUUGGCCCCGUCCUCUUAGCACUCAUUCUUGCGAUCCCAGUUGGAUUCAUCCUUUCAACCGUAUUCAAAUCGCCCCGAAAGAUCCCAGACGAGAGCGAAGAACCGUACAGCAAGAAACAUUCAACAACGACUCCAAUGGCAGCAUUUGGUCCUGGCAGUUUGACGUCUCCUCCAGUUCACCUCCAAGCCCCGAGGAUGGACCUGUUUACGCAAGAAGAACUCAAGGCUUACGAUGGAACGGGACCGGACGGAAAGAUUUACGUGGCGGUCAAAGGAACGGUCUUUGAUGUCUCAGCCAAGGCGGACAUGUACGGACCCGGAAAGGCAUACAACGUUUUCGCUGGCAAAGAUGCGAGCAAAGGACUCGGGUUGUCGAGCGUAAAGCCAGAGGAUGCUGUUCCGGAUUACUCUGGAUUGGAUGAGCAGGGAAUGACCACUUUGAAUGGGUGGUAUGACUUUUUCCAGAAGCGUUAUAAUAUAAUGGGAACGGUCAAGGACCUCCCUGCUGCGCGACUAGGGACGAGAAUUUCCGAGCUUUCGCGGGCGACGUCGCAACAACCGCGGGCACGAGACCGACUGGUCAGCGCAAGUAGUCAACAGCGAUCCCCGAAGAGGUAG